UGGUUACCAUGGAUACCCAUAGGUGACUUGUCAACACAAAAAUGACAUUUAAUUUACAUUACAUCAAUUUUUCACUAUUACACUACUUUUUUUAAGUUUUUCUGAACGUAUGUUAAAAUGUAAAAUGAAAGACAUCCAAGCGGCCAGUUCCAUGGAUAUAAUCACUUUGGCUAAACAAUUAAACAAUGACCAUUUGAGAGAAAAAUUGUUGGAUAGUUUCAUACUAAAAAAACGCACACAAAAGGGGAGGAAGACCCGAUUUAAGGUUCAUCCGGAUACGUUAUCUUCCUCAGACUCUGAUGAACCGAACGAGCAGUGCACGAACGGGUUUACGCACCACCACCGUUACCUUUACGACUGCACCGAAAAGCUUAUGUGCGAUCAUGAACAGGCCAGCUCCGUUAGCAUUCCAUCACCGAAGCAUUCGGAAGUGCUGCAGACUACGAUUCCGAAGCAGUUUCCUAGCAGAGUUAAACGAAAAAGCACACCGCGAUCGCCGAACGUACAGCAAAUGGAUGCGAAACUCCUCUCUCUUCUGCAGAAAAUCUAUUUGUGCAUCGAGAGUAUUAGAAUCUCAAUAGACUUGAAAAUUGUCAAGCCCGAUGGCACAGCUGAAUGGGAGAAGAGGCGUACGCGAUCUGCGGAGUUCUGCUCUCGACUACAAAGAAACUAUCUCUACCAACUUACUCGUCAGAUCGCAGAUUUGCAGGUAAAGGGUAGAAGUUCCGAUCAGGCACUACCCCUACUCACUAGCGCAUAUCAAACUUUACUGCAAGCAUUUCAAGCAUACCACAAUCACAUUCCAAUUUCGCUAGGUGAUCUUGUCCCCGAUAAAUUGAGGAUGCUUGUUGAGUAUGCCAACGAAUUAUGUGAUUUCUAUGUGGAGUUGUUACGUGAGGAGACCGAUGGACUGCUCAAGAAGGAUUUGUUGGAGAACAUUCGAAAUGGUUGCGCCAUGGUUUUGAGUAGGGUAAACGAAAUGACGAUUCCCCUUCAGGAGACAGUCUCAAAAAGGAGGUCCGUUUCGAAAUCCUCCCUAGCAUCAAGGAAAAAGUGCACAUGCAAGAAAGCGUUGAAUGAUAAACUCUCCAUGUACUCGAUUCCCAAUGCGUGUAAAAAGGAUUUACUGUUGAAGAAAUCGACCGCCGAGAAAUUAAACGGUGUAACUAGGUGUGGGCCGUGUGUACAGUCGAGGUAUAAAACGGCAGGAUUUAAGCACAGACCCCCUGUGAACAGAUCUGCGCCGGCGAAACCGAAACUCUUCCCCAAACGAACAUUGGAACCUAUCAAAGAAACGCCAGUGGAAAGUCCGAAAAACCAUGACGAUAUUGAGACAAUGGUUAAGGUACAUAAGGACAAAGAGAUGACUAAAAUGAAUCAAAGCAUAGAUACGGAAUGGGAACAAGUGGUACUGCAAUUUAGAGGUUUAUGUGAGAGUCUUACUGCUAAAGAAAAGAGAGAGGUGAGUCAGGCACAAUUAGAGAUUUUAUUAAAAAACCUAAUGGAGAUGGCUCUAAGUGGAAAAAUCAAUAACAACACACCGAAUGGUAUAAAUGGGUCGCACAUCAACAGCUGCAAGGAUUCGGGCCCGACGAAGAGUUUACCGAAUUUGGCAGUCUCGAAAACUCAAAAUGGAGAAAUUCACAUUAAGAAUGGAUACAAUUUGGAAGGAUUGAAGACAAGUGCAGAGAACAAACAGGAAAGCACUCAUUCGUUACAAAGCCAGUGGAAAAUCCUGGAAGUCAGCGGUGCGAAAAACGCCCAAUUGAUAUGUAUCCGAGAUGAAGGUUCAGGAAUUGAAGUUCCCAAGAAUCCCAAUCCUUCUCUGGCGACUCUACCACCCGAAACAACCGAACAUGAACCGGCGCCCAUCACAAAGGUUCUAGCCGAGCGAAUAGAAAACGAAACUGUACCAUUAGAAACAAAUGUAAAAAUUAGUCACCCACCACCACCACGAAAAUUGACGCCACUACCGAAACACAAAAUUAAAACGAUUUUGCAAGGCAAAUUAAGUCACGCCAAGGUGAUGAAGAUGUUGCCGAUGUAUUGUAAGUCGACAGAUCAACAUCCCUGGGAGGUGGUUGAUAACAUAACGCAUAGGUUGUUAGAAGACAUACUGUUAGUAAUUUCCAAAGAAAUUCAAGUGGGCGACAUUCUACAAAGUUUAUACAAUUCGGAAUUUUUGUGAAUUUUCUUUAUGUAUUAUUUAUACAAUAUACAUGAGAAAUCACUUCCGAUUCAUUGUGUACCUUUAUCAAAAAAUGUUUUGGGUUUAAAUUCAGUUGAGGUUUUGAGAUGACAAAGCAAAGUGCAAUUUUUAGAACAUGUAUUUCAGGGCGUUCUCAACAUUGGCAAAUCUAGAGCUGCAAAUAAUAUCACUGAACGAUGUCCUAAGUUGCACCUUUGCAGAUUUCCAUUCAUUUAAAUGUAAAUGAUUGAAGAUGCACGUUUGUUCAUAGCUUAGAGAACAUUUUGAUGACUUUAAUGUUUCAGCUGAAGGUUGUACCCCCCUUCACAGUAGAUAAAUGUCUGAAACGACACUGUGAUAGUUUUCCUACGAUUUUUAUAAACCUGCAUAAAAAUUGCAGUUAGCUCAAAUAUAAAAAAUAGCUGUCAACAUUUUCAAGCAAGCAGAAGCGUCAUUAAUUAACAGAUAUGUCGUUGCUUAAAUAGAGACAAAAUGCUAGGUUACUCUAGUCAAACUAUUCUUUUUGCCACAAAAACGCAGGAAAAGAAAGGCAUGCGCAGCUCAAAGCCAGCUCAUUAAUUGCUGCAAAAAGACUUGCAUGCAAUUUUUAUAAAACCGGGGCUAUUUUUCUUGCAUGAACCGCGCAGGGAUAAAUGUUUGCGUCACCAACCUUUUUUAUUAAUCUUAUAUUUAAAUUGCACCAUGUCAAAUACAAUUAUGCAAUGCUUUGCUCUUGCAAUUCCUUGAGCGUUGCAUUGCUCCAAGUUAAGCCCUUAGUAUCUGCAUACAGAUUGAGAUAAAUUCAUUACUUUAGCCUAAACUUUCCGGUAUCAAUGAAAAGUUUACAAACGGGGUACAAUAAAAAUGUAGAAAAAUUCCUAAUAAACUGGACCUACUAUAUACAAGAAUAAUUUUA